AUGAACCCUGACCGCCCGUCUGAGCCACCCGAGGAGCCCUAUCAGACAAGCGAAGUUGCGCUCUUGUCGCCGGCCUCGCCAAAGCCCAUUCAUUUCCCAACGCCCACGAACAUCCCUGUGCUGGAAAUGCAAACGGACGUAGAGUUCAAUCAGACGGAAGCUCAUAUGAGCGAUCCCGCUAUGCACAACACGGAAGUCCGACCGGACUUUUGGCGUGCUCCGAACGAGCAGCUUGAAGAGGCCGAUCACGCUUCGCCCUUCUCCACAGGUGGCGGCGACGCUGCAGACGUUGCGGACGAGGAAGGCGCUACCAAUGAGUCGGAUAUACCGGGCAGCGACGCAAAUGAAGCCACAGAUAAUACGGAGUCUUUCGCGAGUGGGAACACAGACACAGUCUCCGUUCAACUUUCCAACGAGCUUUCCCACCAAGCCAACGUCGGUCUCGAGGCUGCCUCUGCCAGCCACGCCUACCCCUACCAAUCUGACGCCCUCGAACCUGCCUCAGAUCCAAGUGCGCCGAGCCUUGACCCAGUAGCGUUGUCCGAUCAAGCAAAUGCCGCUGCGUCCGACCAAGCACUGCCCGCUGCACCUGCCUUCAACGGCAAUGUGGACGUGCAAGCCCUGCUUGACACUCUGAAAGUGCCCCCGUCCGCCACAGCUCAUACCUCCAACGGUGUGACUUCCGUAACUCCAUCAUCGCAAGUCCAACCGUCUGCGUCUGGUCUAGAUGCGAGCUCGCCGUCGGCGGCAAGUCUUGGUGUCGCGCCGACAGGGCUCCCACCACGUCCGCCACCGCAAGAGCAACCGCUCAUCCACCCAAAUUACGUGCACAGUCAGCACAUCCGCGAUUACCACCCCCAUGCUGCCAAUCCGGCCUUUCAGCCAAAUCAACAGCCCGGUGGCCCAGGCAAUGUCGCAGACCCAACCUCGCGUAGCUUCGUCCCUCCCGUCCAUUCGCCAACCAACCCAUCUUCGGCCAGCGCGCAGCAAGGCCUGUCUGUAUUCACCCCAUUGUCUGCCACCAGUCAGCAGCCACAUUCAGCGCAGUCCGCGUUCCAAACGCCCAUCAGCGCCCAAUCGUACACCGGCGCAGGUUACCCGGGCAUGUCACCUACUACCACGACUACCCCCAUUCAGUCCCGGCGAGAAGCCAAGCUCGCAGCAGGCGAGGUUCCUGGUGUCGAGGACAAGCCGUGGGAUGCAGAGACCCAAGUCAAGUACGACCGUUUUAUCGAGACGGAGCGGCAGUACGUGAGCGAGGGCCGGUGGGAUCAGUUCCCGAUGGGAAGCAGGCUCUUUGUCGGUACGCGCAAUCUCGAUGGCACCAAGACACGCCGGGACGAAGUCACGCUUGUCGACACCGACGGCGAUGAUGGUAGUACGGUUGCAGGAGCACGCGCUGAUGGGUUGAUAGGGAACCUGUCGAGCGAGAAGGUGACGAAGCGGGAUAUCUUCUACGUUUUCCACAACUACGGCGAUCUAGCGCAGAUCAGCAUCAAACAGGCGUAUGGCUUUGUGCAGUUCUUGAGCGCGGACGAAUGUAAGCGGGCAUUAGACGUGGAGCAAGGGAGACAGAUCAGGGACAAGAGGAUUCAUCUCGAGAUCUCGAAACCGCAAAAGAGCCGCGCUCAGCCAAAUCAAGGUCGCCGAUCACGAUCGCCCGACUUUGGAAGAGUAGGCAAGCCAGCGCCUGGUGUGGACAGAUACACUUCUGGAAGAGGCGGGGGCGGCGGCGGCGGCGGCGGCGGCGGCUACAGCAAAGGGCCGGGUUACCGAUCGCCUUCGCCACCACGAGGAUACCGCGACCGCUACAACGACCGCUACCGUGAGCGCUCGCCGGACUAUGGUCGAAGAGGUGGAGGCAGAUACAGGAGUCCAUCUCCGCGUCGCAACGAGGACGAUGAUCUGCCGCUGCCCCGACGCGCACCGAGCGAGGUGCCGGAUGUGCAGAUUAUCGUGCUGGACACAUUAGACCGAGACUUUAUCACCUGGGUGGAGAAGGCGUUCUUGGCUCGCGGCGUGCGGGUAGAUGUUCUCCUACUUUCACCAAGACUGAGCGAGCAAGCCGUGAUUCGUAGACAGAUCGUUGAGGGUGUGGUGGCUGUGAGCAAACUCACGAAACACAAUCAGAAUUCGGGUAAGAUUGGCUUGCAGAUCUUCAACCGGCAAGGCGGGCAGGGCAACGUGACGUUCGAAGAAUAUGACAAUCUCGAUCCGGCGAUAUGUGUUGAGCUGGUGUUGAGGGCGAAGCAGCAGAGUCAGCCUACUCCGGCGUAUGGAGGUGGAUAUGGUGGAGCACAGUACGGCGCACAGUCUAUGCCGCCGGCGCAGCAACAGCAGCAAUACGGCGGUGGCUACGGACAGGCUUACGGCCAGCAGCCUGCUGCCGCACCGACUGGCUGGCCACCUGCAGCAGCGCCUUACCCGCCCCAAACACAGCAGCAACCUCCACCACAGAACCUGCAGAAUCUUAUCACGAAUCUUGACCCGAACGGACUACAGAGUCUGCUGAGCGCUAUGAACCCGCAGCAAUCGCCGAACACGCCACAGAUAGCUGCCUAUGGAACGCCGCAGUCAGCAGGCUAUCCUCAGCACCAGCACCAGCACCAACAGCAACAGCAUGCGGCCAUGGCGGCACUGCAGCAGAACCCACAAAUGGCCCAGGCCAUGAUGCAGCAGGCUCAGCAUCAGCAGUCUGGUACGAGUGGGGGUGGACAGGUCAAUAUGCAGGAUAUCCUGGCGAAGCUUGGGACGUACAAGCAAUGA